GCAAGGCGUGAAGCACAGUAGAACUUUAACCGUUUUUCUAUUUUCUUCACUCCUUCCAAAGGAUCCCAUCAGGCCUCAAGUCAUGAGAACUCAACUUGCUGAUGUGCCGAUCGAGUACUUCUACACCCUCAUUGGCUGGCUCGAGAGGGUGAAUGCAUUGCUGCCAAAUCACGUGAUGACAGGAUUUGCCGUGAGUUUUGCGCUUGGGUGUUUGCUGCUGUUGCCAAUUCUCUGCAUUGUCUUGAGGAUGGUUUGGGCAAUUUCAAGAGUUGGACCUGCCAGAAAGACCAUGACAACCUUCUUUAUUCUAUGCUUGGGAGUGCCAUUGUAUCCUGUGUUGGCAGCCCUCCUUUUGGCAUUGCUUUGGUUGGGGAUAGGGUGUUCUAUGCUCAUCGUGUCAAGCUUUGGCCCUGCAGCGCUACUCUGUUGGCUUAUGGUGCGCUUAUGGGAGUUUCAGCAGGAAUUUCUCGAGGUCGAAGAAGAAAGGAAGAGCGAAAUGCAAAGACGCAAUGAGGUGGUCGAAGAUAUUAGUUGCUGGGAACUUCUUUGUGGAUUGUUCAUAGGCAUCAUCAGUUGCUGCAGCUUCGGCAUGUUGGCACUUCUGCUGACCAUUUUGAAGUCGCCCUUUGUGAUCAUGUCAUUUGUGCUGCGGUUUAUGUACGAGUCUCUUUGCCGUUGGCUGGUGCUGGUUCAUUGUCCCCAUCGACCGUUCUGCUCAAUGUGUGCUCCACAUCGCAUGGUUCAGAUAGGGGGCGAGGACAAGACCAUCCAAGACUUGCGCUCGGAGGGAGUCUCUGCCAAGGACUUGAAAGGCCUCGGAGUCGAUGUAAGUGAUUUGUAUGCUGCAGGAUUUUCCAUCUCCGAGCUUUCAGAGGCAGACUUCAGGUUUGGGGACUUCAGUCGGGCAGGACUGGAAAUCGACUGGCGGUGGCAUGACUACGGUGGAUGCAGCUGGUGGGGAUGGUUCCCCCUCAUUUUCUUAACAUGGCUGAGUUCUCUUGCGUGCCUGAUCGUCAUGCUAUUGCUGGCUAUAGCUGUAGUGUCUUUGGCGAAGCUGAUUGUGGCCGUGAUCUGGCCAGCCUACAUCUCUGCUGGGUGGUUACGCAUUGUGGCGCAUGCAAGGAGGCGACCCAGUGCAAGGACCUGUUGUGAGCCAUUGGUGCAAGGCUUGAAAGCAGGUUACCAAGUCGUUUGGGCCAGUUCUCUCCUCACAAACAUUUGCAUCUCGAACCGGACUCUACAGGCAAAAUGGGAGCUGGUUGAGCAAACGGUUGGUGAGGGUCUUGAAUUUGCCAAGGGUGACCGUGCAGAAUUGUCACCCGAAAUUCGAAGCCUUUCACUGUUUCCGCCAGUUUUGGUGGGACUUUUUCACAACUCCUGGGACUUGUCUUUGCGCACCUUGGCGCAUCGCUUGGGAGUUUCACCAAACAUGGUCCAAGAAGCUUGGCGGGGUUUGGCACGUCAGAUGAUGUGGUUUUGUCAAGCAGCGGUGGAGGAAGGCCUUAUUACGGACGAGUGGGUCCAGGAGGUUCCGGUGGGGCUUUGUAUCGGUCUGCCGGCACGUGCUUUUCUACAGGCGGUUGAACGUUCUCCCCCCCGCGAGUUGGUGCUUAUGGGGGGGCUCAGGGUCAGUGCAGACAGGGCCGCUGAACUUGGAGGCUUUGCAGAAAAAGUUUGGACACUUUUCUGCAAAGCACAGGAUGCAAGGAAUCAAGUCGAAAUCACUCCAGCAGUGCAUCGAUUGCUUUGCGCAAGGCUGCUGGCCGGGGGAGAGGAACCAGGUACUCUUCCUCCGGCCUUGGCUGAUGCUGUUGAACAAUAUGAGAAUCUGUCGGAAGCAACCCAUGCUGCUUGCCAACGGGUGCUACAGCCUCUACUGGAAUUUGGACUUGCGUGUGGCGAGCAACGCCAAUUCAAAGAGAACCUGAAACUUAUUAUCGAGUCUUUGCCACACCUGGAUUCCGAAUCAAUUCUUCAGUAUCUCUAUCAAGAUCCGCGAUUGAAUCUGGAGGACGGAAGAUCUGAGGGUCAGUAUGUAUUUGCAGCUCCGCUGCUUGAUCUUGAGGCUCAGUAUGUCUUUGCAGCCCCCCGUGCAGAUCUCGAUGUAUGAUCCAGGCUCAUUUUGUCCCUGGUGAAGAUUCCGAAGCAGGUCAAAAAUGCGGACUUGGAUUUGACCGGCAAAAAAACAUGAAAAUGAUCAUCUUCGCCAUGUGUC